AGAAACCCAAUCUGGUCGAAACCUCAUUGAUUUGGCUCCCUGCUUGCCAUGGAGGAUGCCAUAGUUCUGUACCCAACUCCCCAAAUUGGCCACCUGAUAUCCAUGGUGGAGUUGGGCAAACUCAUACUCACUCAUCAACCUUCACUCAAAAUCCACAUCCUCAACCCCUUUCCACCUUAUGGUGCUGACUCUACCGCCCCAUACAUAUCCGAUGUCUCAGCCACUGUCCCUUCAAUCACCUUCCACCAGCUCCCUGCCAUCACCCUUCCCCCCUCCUCAUCUCGCCACCAUGAAUAUCUCGUUUUUGAGACCCUCCGCCUCAACAAUCCGAACGUCCACAGUGCCCUUCUUUCUAUCUCCAAGAGCUACAACAUCCUUUCCUUUACCAUGGACUCCUUUGGCUAUCCUGCUUUUGAUGUAGCUACUUCUCUUAACAUCCCUGCUUACUUCUUCUUCACCUCUGGUGCUGAAGCUCUCGCUUUCUUUCUCUAUUUUCCUACCAUCGACAACACCACUGCUAAAAGCUUCAAAGAUCUCAACACUCUUCUUGAUAUCCCCGGUAUCCCGCCUAUACCAUCAUCCGAUGCUCCGAAGCCCAUGUUGGAACGCGAAGAUGCGGCUUAUAAAUGUUGCUUGGAUUUCUCCAUUAGCUUGCCGAAGUCUGCAGGCAUUAUAGUGAAUACUUUUGAAGCGCUUGAGCCAAGAGCUCUAAAAGCCAUUAGGGAUGGACAGUGUGUACCAGAUAGUUCUACAGCUCCCAUAUACUCCAUAGGACCAUUGAUUGCUACAAGCAAUCGUAGUGGCAGCUCUAAUGGUGAUAGCAUUCCGGAGUGCUUGAGGUGGCUUGACUUGCAACCUAGUAAAAGCGUUGUGUUCCUAUGUUUUGGUAGCUUGGGUUUGUUCUCCAAGGAACAGUUGAAGGAAAUAGCUAUUGGGUUGGACGGGAGCGGCCAGAGAUUUUUGUGGGUCGUGAGGAACCCGCCAUCGGAGAACCAAAGCGUGUCCAUCAGGGCACAACUCGAACCAGAUUUGAAUUCAUUACUACCGGAAGGGUUCCUAGACAGAACCAAAGACAAAGGACUGGUGGUGAAGUCAUGGGCUCCACAGGUAGCUGUGCUGAAUCACGACGCCGUGGGUGGGUUUGUGACUCACUGUGGAUGGAAUUCGAUUUUGGAAGCGGUACUGUGCGCUGGAGUUCCGAUGGUGGCUUGGCCUCUCUAUGCUGAGCAGAGGUUGAACAGGGUGUUUCUUGUGGAGGAAAUGAAAAUAGCUUUGCCAAUAGUGGAGUCAGAAAACGGGUUUGUGAACUCAGGUGAGGUAGAGAGACGAGUUAGAGAUUUGAUGGAAUCGAAGGAAGGUGAGUCCGUCAGGGAGAGAUCCAUAGCGAUGAAGCAUGCCGCAAAGGCUGCUUUGAUUGGAGACGGGUCGUCUCAUGCUGCCUUAGACAAACUCAUUGAGUCAUGGAAGCAGAAUUAAGAAAGGCAUCAAAGCCAUAGUGCAUCGGAUGUGGAGUACUAUGUUGUCUUGAAGUAUGAACUCGGUAAGGAUUUGGUACUAUGUUUUUACAUUAUUUUGUUUGGAAUUUGGAUCUACAUUGUUGUCUUGAACUAUGAACUCAUCUAGUUUUGUGCAUGUUAUGUUGUUUGUCUUAAUUGUUGCAUCUCU